AUGCCUCGAACUAAAUUUGCUCUCGUCACUGGUUGUGGCCGGGGAGGUAUUGGCGAGGCACUCGUUAAGGAAUAUACUCGUCGUGGUAUCCAUGCCAUUGCUACCUUGCUUCCCCAGGAAGAGAGUGGCCACUUGUUAGAAGCCGGUAUCACCUUCUUCCGUCUUGAUGUCACUAUCGAGAAGUCGGUCCUAGACCUAAAGGACAGCGUGCACAAACUUACUAACGGGCAUCUUGAUGUACUUGUGAAUUGCGCGGGCAUAGCUUAUACUAUGACAGCUAUUGACACGGAUGUAGUUGCUGUACAGCGCAUGUUCGACAUCAACGUAUUUGGGCCCAUGCGCAUGGUGCAUCACUUUCAUGACAUGAUUAUCAGGAGCGCCGGAGCAGUAGUGAAUAUCGGUUCUAUAGGUGGUAUUAUACCUUAUUUGUAUGGAGCAUCGUAUAAUGCCACGAAGGCGGCACUUCAACACUGGUCUAACACGCUUCGUGUGGAAAUGGCUCCCCUGGGUGUCAAGGUCAUUACGAUCAUUUCUGGGGAAGUCAGCACCAAUAUCCUAAAGAAUGACGCCCAUAGGCGACUGCCAGAAGGAUCCUACUAUUCUCCACUCGCGGAGGAAUUCCACCGUCACGUCACGCGAACCCCACGGGGUGCUACAAACCGGUUUAAAUACGCUGAAAACGUCGUGGCCCAGAGCCUGAAGUCAUCCCCACCAGCGUGGUUCUGGUACGGUAGCUUCACGGGCAUGAUUCGCUUCCUCGAUACAUUUGGAUGGCGUACUGUCUGGGACUCUAUGCUAUGGCGAAUGUUCAACUUAGGAAAGCUGAAACAAGCGCAUACACUUCGUAUGAGUAAAGAGGCUGCAUUUGGAAAUGAGUAA